AUGCGAACAACGAACCGAGUGAACCCCCAGGUCCGGCCUACCAAUUCGCAGUCCCGCAACUCUAAGAAGACAGCCGUACCGCCGGCGAACCUGAAUCCCACCAACGCCAAUUCCGAUCGCCCUCGCCCUCGCCGUGUAUUCGAUGCGAGAUCUCUUGCUGCAUCCCAGUCAGGGGCUCAGACGGCCAAGAUUCUCAGGACUCCUAGGGCCAGAACGGCUCGUAACGGCCCCCCUGCUCGUCCCCGGAAGUUCAAAACUCCCGCGAAGACGCCAUCCUCCAGAGAUCGGAGAACACCCCGCCGUCGAGCUCCGAAACAAUCCGACGCGGAAGAAGGCGACGAUGCGCAGCGGAUGGAGAUCGAAAAGGUCUAUCGUGAACUCGCGGAGGAAACGAAGCAAGCUCCUGCUCGCUACAACCCCCGGCAGCCGGACUUUUCCAACUUGAUGGAGACAUGGCCUUCUUUCCCGACGGGCGUGACGGCGCAUACUGCUGGGGUUGUGGAGAAAUUGACAUCGCUCAGCGGUCGCACACCGCAUGGGUAUGUCCCUCCCUACGAGCUAGGUAACCGGCUCUUCAAGGGACAGUAUGUCCGGUUUGUGGAUGCGAAGGAGAAAAGCGAAGCCGUCGCCGAGGCGCAACAGCUGUCGCAGCAGCGUGCGGACGAGUACUCACAACGGAAGGGUGACUUGGUAGAACCGGAGGAAAUCAAGUUCACGCCCGUGGGUGGGGAGACUAAGAAGGCAUUGAUCCGAACCUUGGUUCAGGGAAGCUAUUCAGAGGCGCGGCUAGCAAAGGACAAGUCGCCGGUUCUCCAAGAGGUUAGGAGACACCUUGGAAACAACGAGACGUAUCAGACCGUCGGGAAGAGCUCGCAGUUUACCGCGAAAGUGGAAGCUCUCCUUGCCUCCAGCCGCCCUGUCAAGCGGGCCUAA